CUUUUCCAUUAAGAGUGAUCAUGAACACCAUUCACUUCUCAUGAAUUCUAAUGCUACUCAUUUCUAACCUUAUUAUUUGCUCUAUCCAUUUGAAUCCAUCUUAAUUUCACAGGUCCAGAUGGCUCCAAACAUCAUACCAUUAAAAGAUAUUACCCUGACAAGCAGAAACUUCACAAUUCAAGCUAUGGUGGUUGAAAAAAACAUCCCAAGAAUGUCAAGCAGUAGCACUUCCCUAUAUCAGAGGAUCAUGUUGCAAGACAAAGAGGUAAUAAUCAUGAAAGCUCAAUGAUAAAUCUUUCCAUAUGUUGGAACAUAGAUACUGUAUGAAUUUACAACACAAAAAACUCUACCAUUUAACAGGAAAACAGAAUGCAAGCAACAGUCUUUGGAUACAACAUCAAAAUUUUCGAAAGUUCACUGAAGCUGUACCAUACAUAUUCUAUAACAAAUCCUACUGUUAGCCCAACUCCAGAAAUGUUCCACUUUUUGAAAAACAAGAACCAAUUGGGAAUCAACGCACGCACACCAGUUGAGGAAAUAGAGAUCGAUGGACUGACAAUGAGGACAAUGAAAUACAACUUUACUCCAAUCACCAGUCUCCAACAAAUCAAAGAAGCUAAUCCAAGAUUGGAUGUAUUAUUUGUAAUUCUCAAUGUUGGACCACGCAAGUUUAUAAACAAUUCAUAUGUCGUGGAUGUUCGCAUAACUGAUCAAAGCCUGCAACCUUCAAUUCUAUCACUCUGGGACCAAUUCUCAGAAUAUGAAGCCCAUGGAAUGGCAAAUUUACCAGGCUCUUUCCCAGUGGCAAUUGGCCUGCGCUUGAAAACUUCAAAAUACUAUGGUCGCACACUUGCCACACGAAACUCAUCGAGUUUCAUCUUUGACGCAGUACUGCCAGAGGCAACCGCACUCCAAUCAUGGGCUAUAGCAAAUACAGUAAAACUCAGAGCACUAGCAGCAACAGAACCAGAACACAUUCUGAUACCAAAAGGACCAGAAGAUCCAGAAGAUGAUACCAUCAAAAUUGCUAACCUCCCCAUAUCAGUGGAUAAGACACAAUACUUGAAUGUCCAAGGCAUAGCAAGGGUUACUGAUUUUUCGCAAAACUUUUAUUACCUAGCUUGCUCAAUAUGCAAAAAAGCAACAAAUGCAUAUGGAAAUGGAGACUUUUGGUGCAACUACUGUGCCCAAAAAGUACCAGCUCUGACAAAGCUCAAAUUCAACAUCCACAUCACAGAUCCAACUGGAACAAUUGAAGCAACAGUUUUUUCAGAAGUUGCAUCAGAAUUCUACAACAUUACAGCAGCAGAUACCAUUGAUGGCCAACUUGCUCUUUCAGUGCUCCACAUGCUAGCUGAACCUAAGAAAUGCAUCAUCACAUUGAAAGCGAGUAUGCACAGCUAUGCUGGAAUCAAUCAAUUGAAAUUCACUGUCCACAGCAUCUCUGUUGACAACAACACAGAAAUGACAAACCGUUCAGAAGCACUGCUCGCUUUACCACCAAACACUCCAAAUAAAAGAAGCAAAAAAGGAGACAACGACUCAAGCACCUCGACGUCCAGCCCAACAAUUGACACCACAGCCGAAACCAACCUAGCAAAGUCCUCCCUAUCAACUGAAGAAACUCCAGCUAGCCCAAGCAAAAAGAAAUAAUCAGCCUUAACCAGCUCCAACUCGUCAGAAGCUUUUUGCAUGAACAAAUCAAAGAUCAACAACUUUUGUUGUAUCAGACUACAAUGAACUCUACCUUUUGCUUGCUCUGACCCUUUGCCAGUUGUAUAUAUUAAUAUAUAACUAAAAUCAUCCAACUACCUUCAAGCCUGUUGUAAAUGCAAGAAUUUAUCUUAGACCAUAACUUCUGCAAUUAGCUACUUCUUCCCCUUAUGCCGUUAGCCUUUUGCUUGCUCUGUCUUCUACUUCCUCUACUAUCUGCUAUACUACACAAUCUGCUUACACUACUAUUACCACUAUUGGCCUGGAGAAACCUUACUGUUCUACUCUGUGGUUUCACACAAAUGUCACCAAAUGCGCUUUUGUUAUUUGAUUUGGUUGUUCAAACAGCCUACCUACUA